AUCUAUGAGGACGUCUUAGUUAAUCACAAUAAUCACACUACUUGAAACCACUUGAAACACUGACGAUUGACAUUGACAGUCGACCAUACUUUUAAAUUAAACCGUUUUCCGUUUUCUAACGUGUUGGUUUAUUCUGAGUGUUAUUUUCUGGUUUUUUUAUUACGAUUGUUGCGUGUUCCUGGACUCUGAUACUGACUGCUUCUGUGAUUGACCUGGCUUCGUAUUUUGGACCUGUGAUCUACUGCAUUUUCAUUGACCCGGCUUUGUAUUUUGGAACCUCGAUCGACUGCUUUUACAUUGACCCGGCACCGUAUUUAGGACUAGAAAAUGCGUCCAGUGGAUCGUCUUAGGGGCGGAAUGCCAUCAACGUCAAGAUAUAAGUGCUACUUUGAUUGUGACAAUGACGGCCCAUUGCACCGAUUUCCUAAACCUGAAUACCCACAUUUGGAAAAGUUUAACUCGUGGAAAAAAGUACUAGAUAAAGCUUUACAAGAGAAAGGCGACAUCUACAUUUAUAACCAAAUUCGAUUUUGCGACAGACAUUUUGAAGAGUGUUACCGUUCAGCCAGUCACCGACUUACUCCAAAUGCAAUACCAACUCUAGAUUUAUCUACAUUACCAGUUGGUCAAACUCUUGAAGGUCCAUCGGGACAUGUCGAGGCAGACAUGUCGAAUUUAUUAAACAUUUCGCAAGAUAAACUUGCUGUCAUUGAGCCAUCCAGCUCUACCCACUAUCAUAGUGAUGUACAGAAUGCAUUACAGACAGCUGAACGCCCUAAAGGUUCUAGGAAAAGAGGGACUUGUCAAUAUUUAAAACGAGUCGUCACCUCAAAGAGAAGGAGAUAAUAAAGUUAAAACAGAAAGUAUUGAAGCUGAAAAAGAAAUAUAAGGAACAAAAUAACAAGAAACUCUCUGCAAGGAAAAUUUCCACAUCAAAAUCAUUUUUGAAAGAGUUAAAUAAAAUGCCUGCAACAAUAAAAAUAUUUACUUCCUCCAAAUG